UGUGUGUGUGUGUGUGGGCACACAUGUAUGUCAAUGUGCUAAUGUGUGUGUGCACUCAUGUAUUUGUGUGCGUGCAUCUGUGAUUCUCGUGUCAUCCUCCCAAUAUGUCCCCUACUGGGUGAACAGUAGAAGCACUAUUUCAACAGGACAUCCAUCAGCCUACCCCACCACUGGGGAGGACGUGGGCGACUUUGUGCCCCACAUCAACAGAUCGCUUCUCCUUUCUUCCCUGAUGUUAGGCCUUGCUUUCAUCCGUGCAUCAUAUGGCAUAGAGUCAAAAAUGUCCGCCACAGACCCCUCCGGAGACACAGCUCCACACAGCGCCAGUGCUAUGAUAGGCCAGUGUGUGUUUCGUGGUUUCGGCUGCAAAACUAGGACAUUCUAUGGUUCAGCAGCCCAAGCCACCGUCACGGCCGCCUGGGAUCCUAUAUGUUUUUAUGUGUGUCGCCGCUUCGUAGUUUCUGCUUUUAUUGCUGCUUCAGAAUGAGUGGUAGCAACUACUGAAAUCAACUAUUAAAUAUCUGAUUCAAACCCAAGAUUUGCAUUUGCAUUUAUAUUAAAACGGGAAAAAAACAUGGGAAAAGAUAUAUAGUAUACACCAUUUGUUUUGUACAUUAUAAUAGCUUUUUUUUGCUUUUAUAAAAUAAUCUAAAAAGAAGUGUGAGCUCAUUAAAAAGACUUGGAAAAAAUUAGAACAUAGUGUACAUUGGAACAUUUGAAACCUGACACCUGGGGGGCGGGGGGCUGUAGUAUUGGAUAGUUUGGAGGUGUUGAAGAAACAGAGAGCUGAGUGUCAGUACAGCCACCUCCUCUUCUAGGAUCCACUCCCAUCUGGACUGCUGUCUGCAGGACAGAUUCCCUGUCCGACGUAGUCCUUCAGAGGCGGUUUUUGGACAUGGACAUCCUUCUGGUCUUGGUUCUUCAGCUGCUGGCUGUGCCUGUAUUUUCUCAAACGAAUCCCAGCCAUGACAUCUGGGGGGAUUAUGGCACCUAUGGGCCAUGCAGUCGAACCUGUGGGACAGGAAUCUCUGUAAGAACCAGGAAGUGCAUCACCCAAAGGACGGAUGGAGGUCAUAAUUGUGUGGGAUCAUCCAAGUCAUACCGCAUCUGUAACUCACAGGAAUGUCCUAUAGGAUCCAGGGACUACCGAGAAGAACAGUGCGCAGAGUUUGACAGACUGGCAUUCCAGGGAAAAAGUCACUCAUGGGUGCCUUACCAUGGAGCUUCCAAUGUGUGCGAGCUGCACUGUGUCCCCAAAGGAGGAAACGUCUCCUACAGACAGAGGGCCGCCGUGGUAGACGGGACCCCCUGCCGUGAGGGACGCCGUGGCAUCUGUGUGGAUGGGGCAUGCAGGCCACUGAUCCACGGAGAGUUCCUGGGCUUGGACCAAGACGUGCAGCAGCCCGUUGCCUCCUCGGCGCGGGCCCCUGUGGCUCCUCAUCUAAGGGACACGCAAAUCUACGCCUACACCACCGGCGUGUACGGGGCAUGCUCAGUCAGCUGCGACGGAGGCAUGCAGUACCGCAGCGUGCAAUGCAUGCUCCAGGACCCGGUGUACCCGCGCACGGUGGACGAGACCGACUGCAUUGCCCGAUGCACCAGGAGCUGUGGUGGGGGCGUCAGAGACAGGCGGACGGGGUGCUAUGAUACAGACCUCAACCCCUAUCCAGAGCACAGGCCCCACCUCUCGGAGAGCUAUGAGAACAAGGAAGUGAACUCUCUGAAGGGCUGA